AUGGCUGCCUUGGGUCGGCAGGUCUUGGAUUGGCACCGCCUGAUCCCCCUCACCUGGUCCCUUAUUGCUAGGCAGACUACUCGGCUUGGAGAACAGAAGAGGACGACUGCUUUUUUGCUGCGUAGACUGACAACGGUCUCCAGCAGUGGGGGCCUCGGGGAGUCAUCCUCUGUUGAACCCCAGAAGUAUGCGCAAGAACCAGAGCACAGGACGGGGAUGACUCAGUGCCUCCUCGAGAAGCAGAGGGCGGCUGUGGAGCGAGAGAAGGUUGUCAGUUCCCUCCUGGACAUGGGUUUCAGUGAUGUCCAUGUUAACGAACUGCUCAGUAUACAGCCAGGCACCCACCCUCAGCAGCUGCUGGGUAUCAUUUCAGAAUUAAUACUCCUGGGUCUGAAUCCAGAGCCUGUGUGUGUGGCCUUAAAGAAAGGCCCUCAGUUACUGAGACUGCCUGUCGUGCACAUGAAGAUGCGCUCCCGUCACCUGCGGAAGCUGGGCCUUGGGGAAGGGAAAUUAAAGCGGGUGCUUUACUGUUGCCCUGAAAUUUUCACCAUGCGUCAGCGGGACAUUGAGAGCAUCGUCGGGGUUCUCAAGAAGUGCCUUUUCACGGUAAAGCAAGUCACCGAGAUUUUGCACAGAUGCCCCUACGUUCUUCGGGAGGACCCUGGUGAACUGGAAUACAAAUUCCAGUAUGCCUAUUUCAGGAUGGGGAUUAAACACGUGGACGUGGUGAAGACCAACUUCCUACAGUACUCCAUGACCAAGACCAAGGAGAGGCAUGUGUUCCUGGAGCGCCUGGGCCGGUACCAGACCCCCGACAAGAAGGGGCAGACGCUGGUCCCCAACCCUUUACUCAAGGACAUCCUCAGGGUUUCAGAAGCUGAGUUUCUGGCCAAGACAGCCUGUUCUUCUGCUGAGGAGUUUGGGGUUUUUAAGGAACUCUUGGCCCGGGAGGAGGAGGAGGAGUCUGAGGGCCGAAUGGCUGAUGCCGGAAGCCCGGAGGAGGCGGGGCCGUGA